AUGAAACUGCGUACAAUAGAUGGAAAAGAAAAGAGUUGUAUUACUGUAAUUGCUGCUUGUAUUGAACACAUUAAAGAAAAAGCAACAUACAGAAUAAAGCAUAUGAACAAAGAUAUUGAAGAUGUUGAUAUAUAUUGGGUUUUAACGGUACCUGCCAUUUGGAGCGAGCAAGCCCGACAGUUUAUGAUUAAAGCAGCUGAAAAGGCAGGAAUAGACAUGGACAACUUGUCACUUGCUCUUGAACCAGAAUGUGCUGCAGUUUAUUGCAGAAAUGAAGAGUUAAUAAAAAAUAAAGAUAAAAUGAAUUCAUCAUUGCAUUCUUUUAGGCCUGGUUCAAAGUUCAUGGUUGUCGACCUUGGAGGUGGAACUGUAGAUAUAACGGUAUCCGAAGUUUUAGAAUCUGGAAAAAUGAGGGAAAUCAGUAAAGCGUCCGGGGGUAAAUGGGGUGGUGAAACCAUCAAUAAGAAAAUCGUAGAUGUGCUGAAUGAAAUAUGUGGGCAGCAAAUGAAAAGAUUGCAGUCCGAGGAAAUGAGUUCUUAUUUGGAAUUACUUUCUGAAAUUGAAUCUGCGAAAAGAUAUUAUGACGACGAGGAUGACUUUAUUAUGAGAUUGCCAGAGUUUUUACAGAAGCAGAUUAACGUUGAGAAUUUAACGUGCAAAUCCGGAAACAACAUCGUAAUAAGCAAAGAAAAACCAUAUUUACUUUUUUCCCAGGAAAUGAUGAAGUACAUUUUCAGUAAAUGCAUAUCUGACAUAACCAAUCAUAUAGUUGGUUUGUUAGAAGACGCGACUGAAGUUUCCGAAAUACUACUUAUCGGUGGAUAUGCUUCGUCGCCAACAGUACAGACCGCCUUCAAAAAAGAGUUUGCUCAGAAAUUAAAAUUGAUAAUUCCCCAGAACCCCGAAAUUGUUGUGCUGACUGGUGCUGUUAUAUGUGGUCAUUCCAAGGAACCAAUUACUGGGCGUGUCGCUAAAUACAACUACGGUCUAGGAAUAAGAGCUUCAGUUGAUCCUGGUGAUCGAAAUCUAUUGCUAGGAAAUGUCCGAAACAAGAAAAUCUUUCAUCUCCUUAUUGAGAAAGGAAGAAGAAUGGAUGUCGGGAAAUACGUCGAAGGCUGCAAGAUCCAAGUUGAUGACAGUACCCAACUGGACUCCAUUGAAUUAUAUAUAACCAAGAGCGAUAACCCGGAACACGAGAUCAACAUCAACGAUUUUACAAAGAUUGGAACUAUCAAGUUCAAACUUCCACAACUACGCAAACCUACAACAUUUGCAGUUUCACUCUGGUAUGACGAAACAGAGUUCAGGGUUAUGGCAGAAGACGAAAAUACCAAUUUACAUUUUGAGGGAAUUAUUCAAUAUUUUGAGUAA